AUGCGACGACAUCAUGGACGAGCAUUGUCGCCAUACCAUGGCCGCACGGCCGCCCCUCCCUCCGCAGAAGUCUCCUUGGUCCGCAGUUUUGACUCCAAGAUCAACCCGUCGAGACCUGCCAGACAAUCCCCCCUAGCAACGUCUCAGAUUCAGGGAAUGCCAUUAGACUUGAUCGAACGCAUUCGCUCUUUUCCUCUCUUCCAGUCCACCUCAGAUGACUUCCUCGCUGACAUUGGCCUCCUCCUCAAACCCCAGCUGCACAACACCAACGACUACAUCAUCACCGAGGGCGAAGAUGCUAAAGCAAUGUAUUGGCUCGUCCGGGGCGCUGUCGCUGUAACGUCUCGAGACGGUGAGAGCACCUUUGCCGAACUAAAGCCUGGCGCCUUCUUUGGAGAAAUUGGAAUCCUCAUGGAACGCCCUCGCACCGCAACAGUGGUCGCCCGAACAAGGUGUAUGGUCCUGGUGCUGAAGAAGGAGGAUCUGAAAAAGAUACUACCAAAAUAUCCAGACGUGGAACAGGCCAUUCGAGACGAGGCAUUGGAGCGACUGACGCAACUAGAAAAGAAGAAGAGGCAGGUGCUGCUCGGUACGGAAGAUGUCCCAAAUCACGAAAGAAGAGGGUCCAAGAGGGCAAGGGCUACGGUUGGAGAUGAUGUCUACAUGAGAGACAGUGACGGAAGCGUCACUAGCUCAAGCAAGCGGCGCAAAUCGCCCAGCCCAGGAACGAACGAGGUGUCAACAGCCAGUGCGUUGGGACAUGGCCUCGUCAACAUCCGUGCUACCUUGAAGGAGCUGCCGUUGUUUGCCUCUCUGCCUCCCGAUAUUCUUCAUUUUCUCGGCCUCAGUGCUCAGCCAAGAAGCUUCGCACCAUUUACAGACAUCGUCAAACAAGACACCCGAGGCCGAGAGGUCUAUUUCAUAGUCCGCGGCGAGGUUGAAGUGUUGGACGAGAGGCACGUGUCAAUCCCUAAGCCACACAAGGCCGGCGAACCUAAUGGCGUGCCGGGGACACCACGGGUAAAAGCCCGACUCAGGCCAGGGCAGUACUUCGGCGAGGUUGUGAGUCUGUCGUUAGCGGAUCGUCGGACAGCUACUGUGCGAUCGGUAACUCAAGUUGAAUGCUUGAUGAUCUCUGAAAAUGUGCUGGCGGAUUUUUGGAACCGCUGUCCCCCGAGUAUCCUACGGCAGAUUGAGGACACGGCGAAGCACCGAUUGCGACUCGCGUCAGAUAAUGACGUUGUUAUGAACGAAGCGGAUGCGACGCCUGACAUUCAUGAUCUUGAAAUUGGAGACUCGAAAGAGAGGAGACAAAAGAAAGUCCACAAUGGACCCCGAGUAACGUUUACAGACACAGAAAUCAGUAGCUCUACACAGCCUGCUCAGACAGAAGAACCCAACAAUACCCUUGAGCCUUCAGAUCCCGAUCCUUUCUUGAGUGAAGGUCUGGAAAAGGUCAGAUCAAGAUCAAGGAGGGGGUCACUUGCUCCGCCGCCUCCAGAUGAACCAUCAAAAGAUCAGAGACGCCGGUCUCCUCGAUCAUCCCCUACUACCACGGCCAGCCCAUCCCCGAAGAGUUCUGCAUCUGGAACACCAUCUCCCACCUCCGAGUACAAAGGCAGCAGCAGCUUUCCGUUUUCCGAUCCCUUCUCUCCAGGCGGCCGACCCAAACCUCGACCAAGGUCCAGUCGCGGGCUGAAUCGCGGAAGAAUCCCUGAUAAACUGCUGCCGCUGAUUCUUGAAUACCUCGACUUGCAUGAGUUGAUGUCUUUACAGGGAGUUUCCCUCCAUUGGCAGAAUGUUCUCAAUAAUUCACCUAAUUUACUACACUGCCUUGACCUUGCACGCUAUAAUCGGAAAGUCACGGACGACAUACUGAUCAACCGCAUCUGCCCUUUUGUAGGAGACAGACCUAGAUUUAUCGACAUCAGCAACUGCUUUCAUAUUACUGAUGAAGGCUUCGCCGCUCUGGUGAACAUAUGCGGGGCCAAUGUCCAGGGUUGGCGCAUGAAGAGCGUCUGGGACGUUACUGCUCCGGCCAUCCUGGAGAUGGCAAACAAGGCUCGCGGACUCAAGGAAGUCGACUUGAGCAAUUGCCGGAAAGUCAGCGACACGUUGCUAGCGAGAAUAAUUGGCUGGGUCGUGACCGCACAGCCUCAGGCACCUAGCAGCCGCACAAAAGUCAACUCGCAGCGUCCUGUACUCAAUACCAAGCUUAGCAACUACGCUCCUCCACAGCAACCUCCCCCUGGGACAGUCAUCGGAUGUCCAGAAUUGAACUCAAUCACUUUAAGCUACUGCAAACACAUCACCGAUCGAACCAUGGCGCAUAUCGCAACACACGCCCACAAUCGGAUCGUUUCAAUAGACUUGACUCGCUGUACGACGAUAACAGACGCCGGGUUUCAGUUCUGGGGCAAUGUGAAGUUUGAACGGUUGAGAAGACUCUGUCUAGCCGACUGCACAUACCUCAGCGAUCAGAGCAUCGUGUGGCUCGUCAACGGGGCAGGUAAUGGUCUGAGACAGCUUGACCUGUCCUUCUGCUGCGCGCUUUCCGACACAGCCACCGAGGUUCUUGCCCUGGGCUGUCCGAACCUAACCCACCUGAACCUCUCCUUCUGCGGCAGCGCUGUCUCCGAUCCGAGCUUACGGUCAAUCGGCCUCCACUUAACCUCCCUUCGCGAACUCGCUGUUCGAGGGUGUGUACGGGUAACUGGCCUUGGCGUCCAGAGCGUGGUCGAGGGAUGUCAAAAACUGAAACUCUUCGAUGUGAGCCAGUGUAAGAACUUGCAGCCCUGGUUGGUAAGCGGUGGAAUCGAGCGGUGGCGGUCGAUGGGCCGGGAGGUCGAGUUUGUGGUGGUCAGUUCAGGAACGAAGUUGGUCCGGUAA